AUGAAGCUUCUCCUUCAACUGUGCAUCAUUGCUCUCGCUCAGUCGGCAUUUGCGGGCACCUUCACCCUGGCCGACAGUUACCAAGGGUCCGACUUUAUCAACAAGUGGACGUUUCAGGCUAUCUCGGACCCCACCCACGGCUACGUGAACUACGUCGACAAGUCUACGGCUGUCUCUCAAGGUCUCGUCUUCGCCUCCGGCAGCAACUUCACUCUGAAAGCGGACGACACGAAUGUCGUCAGUUCAAGCGCUUCGGGGCGGAACUCGGUCCGCAUCCAGUCUCCCAACUCGUACAACUCGCAUGUCACGGUAGUCAAUCUCUCGCACAUGCCCAAGGGCUGCGGCACCUGGCCGUCCAUCUGGGAAGUAGGCCCCUCGUGGCCCAACAACGGGGAGGUGGACAUCAUAGAAGGUACCAACGAUAUCGUAAGUUCUUCUUCAGCUUCUUUACAGCCCAACAAGUCAACCUUGCACACGAGCUCCGGCUGCACUAUCCCCAGUUCACCAGGUGGUAUGCUCGGGAAGGUAGUAUCGACGAAUUGCCAAAGUUCGGGAGGCGACAACACUGGCUGCGGCAUCGAGUAUUCAGUGGAUAACAGCUACGGCCAUAGCUUCAACGUCAUUCAGGGCGGCUUCUACGCCAGCGAGCGCACCGCGACCGAAGUCAAGAUCUGGUUCUGGCCCCGUACCGCGACCAACAUCCCGAGCGAUGUGAAGAGCGGAUCCGGCACCAUCAACACGAACAACUGGGGAACACCGCAGGCGUACUUCCCUGACACGAGCUGCGAUAUCGGCAGUCAUUUCCACGACAACAACAUCGUGAUCAACUUGACCUUCUGCGGAGACUACGCUGGUGCUACAUAUGCCAACUCGGGCUGCCCGAGCACAUGCAACAGCUACGUCCAGAACAACCCAUCUGCGAUGACCAACGCCUACUUCAACAUCAUGUGGCUGAAGGUCUACGAGCCUCCCUCUCUACAGUUGGACGACGAUAGCCAGGCUAUAUUCCAAGUUGAUGACGCUCAUCCGUCGGCUUGA